AUGGACGUCCUAGGCCACAUGGAGCUGACCGAGGGCUCCCUCUGCUCCUUCUCGCCCGCCGGCGACUUCUACGACGACCCUUGCUUCAACACGUCGGACAUGCACUUCUUCGAAGACUUGGACCCGCGGCUGGUGCACGUGGGAGGCCUGCUGAAGGCCGACGAGCACAGCCACCACCAUCACCACGGCCACGAGGACGAGCACAUCCGGGCGCCCAGCGGGCACCACCAGGCCGGCCGCUGCCUGCUUUGGGCCUGCAAGGCCUGCAAGAGGAAGACCACCAACGCCGACCGCCGGAAGGCGGCCACCAUGCGCGAGCGGAGGCGGCUCAGCAAGGUCAACGAGGCCUUCGAGACGCUCAAGCGCUGCACCUCCACCAACCCCAACCAGCGCCUGCCCAAGGUGGAGAUCCUGCGCAACGCCAUCCGAUACAUCGAAAGCCUGCAGGCGCUGCUGCGGGAGCAAGAGGACGUCUACUACCCGGUCCUGGAACACUACAGCGGCGACUCCGACGCCUCCAGCCCCCGCUCCAAUUGCUCCGACGGCAUGAUGGAAUACAGUGGUCCUCCUUGCAGUUCUCGCAGAAGGAGCAGUUAUGACAGCAACUACUAUUCAGAAUCACUUAGUG